UUGAUUGUGAAAAAUGGAAGAAUUCUGUUGAGAGUUUAUGGUGUGAUUCCGCGGGAGUAUUAAGAAGCCAAUAAAACAAAGCGUAACAGAACCUUUUUCCUGGAAAUAGCUUGAGAAAUCAGCUGCAAACAAUUUUCCCCAGAAAUCUGCUAACUGCCAAAUCUCUCUUUUUCUCUCUCACCUUCACCAGCUCACAGACUCUCUCGCACUCUGCCGUUGAGCUAACCAGGAGCUAGCGCACGCCUAAAACCCUAAAUAACACUGUUCGUCUCUGCUCUGUGAUUGGGGAGUUUGUGCUUUGCGUUGGUUAUCGGAGGUGGCGGCGGGGAUGGGGGUGGUAGAGAAUGACACGAGUGGUGGGAGCGGGGAUGAUCGGAGGAACGAGGAGGCGGCGCCGGCGGCGAUGAGUGAGGGGCCGCCGCCGAGGUCGCCUUGGAAGAAGCCGACGGCGGCGGGUGAUGUUCCGGUGAUGAGUGGUAAUGAUGCGUCUUGGCCUGCUCUUGCUGAUGCUGCGCAGCAACGAUCCAGGAACUUGGACGCUAGUGCCAAAUCGGGGGCUAAUUCUGAAGUGGUUUCCCCUCCUCAACAGCAACCACCGCAACAGCAACAGGGAUCGUCAGGCCAACCAAAGUCACAUAGUGGGCACCCUAAUUCGGGACAUAGGUACUCAUCGUCCAGGCAUCAUAGAUCAGGUGCUAAGCGGAAUCCAAAUGCUGCACCCCCUUUCCCAGCACCCUUACCUUACCAGCAACCAAUGAUGCCAAAUGCCUUCCAUGGUGCAAUGCCCCCACCGCCUAUUCCAGUACCUACUUUUGCUUACCCACCUGCACCGUUUCCUACUAUUGAACCUCAUAUGGUGAAGCCUGGAACUGAAACGUCUCCAAUUCAACCAUUCGCUCCUCCACAUAGUGUUCAGUCUCCAAUGAAGGGGGACUCUGAUAGUUACCAACCAAAAUUUCCAAAUAGGAGAUCUAAUGUACAAGAAUCCAGUGACCAUGUGGGUCACACAUGGCACCAUCAACGAGCAUUUAAUCCCAGAGGCACUAAUAUCCCUUUGCAACAGGGAAUGGGUGCAAGGCCUAUGGUCAGGCCCUCCUUUUUCCCUCCGGGUCCAGGCUUCAUGGUUGGUCCAGCCUUCCCUGGCUCGCCCAUGUACCCUAUCCCUUUGGUACCAUCUGGCGGCUUUAGGGGACCUCAUCCGCCACAUUUCAUCCCAUAUCCUAUGAAUCCUGGGCAUCUUAUGCUCACCUCUGAGCCAUUAACUUUGAAAGAUCAUGUCGUGAAACAAGUAGAGUAUUAUUUCAGUGAUCAAAAUCUGCAAACUGACAGUUUUCUGGUGUCCUUGAUGGAUGAGCAUGGAUGGGUCUCAAUAUCAGUGAUUGCCGACUUCAAGAGGUUGAAAAGGAUGACUACAGAUAUAUCACUUAUACUUGAUGCUCUACAGAGUUCUAUUGCAGUUGAAGUACAGGCUGACAAGGUCCGGAAACGUGAAGGGUGGUCAAAAUGGGUUCCAAAAUCAAACGUGAAGUCAAAAGAGUUGAAAGAUCAGGCUGCUGAUGGCUUGAUUGUAGGGAAUGCUAAUGAAGAUAAUGCAGGAGAAGCCUCUUUAGAGAACAAUGAAUACCAAUUUGAUGCCACUGCCUCCGUGGUGAACAAUUCGGCAAAUGGAAAUGAUCCUGAGACUGCGCUUUCUGGUCAAAUAGAAGGCAUUAACAAAUCUAUUGAGUCUGAGACAAAGAGCCGAGAAUUUGAGAAUGUGAGUGAGCCUCCAAUUUCUGGUGUUUACGAAGUAUCAAAGAUGCUGAUGUCAUUGCAUAUUGAUGUGCAGAAUCUUGGAAAUCUGUCGAAUGAUUUUGCCAACACAUUUAUGCUGGAUGAAGAGCUGGAGCUUGAGCAGAAAGUGCUGAAAGUUGAUUGUCCUUCUCCACGCAAGAGGGAUGAGGAUGAUGACGAGAUGAUGGUUGAUGAUCAGGAUGUUCACAGACUCGUAAUUGUCACCCAGAAUAGUACCGUAGAUGGAGAAUCAAAAUCUGGUGGUACAGAAUCCGAACCCAUUUCAAAUGAAAUUGCUUCUGCAAUAAAUGAUGGUCUCUAUUUCUAUGAACAGGAGCUCAGAGCUAGGCGUAGGAAUCGGAAGAAAAAUAGUUCUAGUUACGAGGCUAGAGAUGGAAACUUGAGAUCUGCAAUUAACUCUCCUGGAGUAUCACAUUCAAGGACUGCUGCUGGAAGUCCAGGAAGUAAUGCCCACGAGGACUCUCGAAGUGGCAUUAAUAUCAAGAAACAGAAUAGACAUUCAUCAAAGCAACAUUUGUCUCAUAAACAAAGAUUCUUCUCAGGACGUAAAGCUUUUGGGGCCAUAUCUGAAAGCCCACCUAGUAAUUCUGUUGGAUUUUUCUUUAGCUCUACACCUCCUGAGAACCAUGGGCCCAGGUCCUCGAUGUUAAGUGUUUCACCUCACAGUAAUCUUUCAGGCAGUAGUCCACCAGUUGGUUGCACGCCAAAGUCAUUUCCUCCAUUUCAACAUCCAAGUCAUCAGCUUUUGGAAGAAAAUGGCUUCAAGCAACAGAAGUACCUGAAAUAUCAUAAAAGAUGCCUGAAUGACAGGAAAAAGAUGGGGAUUGGUUGCAGUGAGGAAAUGAACACAUUAUACAGGUUUUGGUCUUUUUUCCUGAGAGACAUGUUUGUCCCUUCGAUGUACAACGAGUUUCGGAAACUUGCCAUAGAAGAUGCUGAUGCUAGUUACAACUAUGGAAUGGAGUGCCUUUUCAGGUUCUACAGUUAUGGUUUGGAGAAGUCGUUCACGGAGGACUUGUACAAGGACUUCGAAGAACUCACUCUUGAUUUCUUCCGUAGAGGCAAUCUUUACGGCCUUGAAAAGUACUGGGCAUUCCACCAUUACCGGAGCAACAAAGAGCCACUGAAGAAAGACCCCGAACUGGAUAGGUUGCUCAGGGAAGAAUACCGCAGCUUGGAGGACUUCCGUGCCAAAGAGAGGGCCGCCGCCACCAAGGACAGCUAGGUCGGAGCUCUGGUCGCUGGUCCUGUUUCUCCCAAUUUUGAAGAGCAAUGCUAACAGAAAGAAAGUAAAGAUUGGGUGCUUGCUUUUUGCCUUCUCUCAGGCAAAAGAAGAAUGCAUCUUUCCUCCCUCUCCCUCUCAUUUUUGUAUAUGUAAACUGCCUUUUGGGGUGGUGUGGAGAGAGAGAGAGAGCUAUUGGGUUGGCCUCUGUCUGAGUUGCUGACUGAGGAGUUUUUGGUCUGCUCCAUUGAUUUAAUUCUCUCCUUUUCUUUUUUAAUCUUGACUGAGGUACUUAGAUUCAGGGCCAGGCCAGAAGUUCCCUGUGUGUUCUUCUGCCUCAGCAAGCCCUCCCCCCAAAAAAAUGGUGUAACUUGUACAUAGCAGGGGAACAAAAGAUCAAAAAGGAAGGCAGAGGGGGGAUUUUAAUUUUAUUUGCCUUGUGAAAAUUGUGAACAAUAAGAUUCUUCUCAUUAUGGCCAAAGUCAUUUUUUUAUUAUGUAUUUCACCUUAUGCAUUUCUGGGUUUUCGUUUUGAGGGCAUUAAGGUAAGCUAUUUGUAUA